UACAAGUCAAAUUUCGUUUCUUAUUUAAAAUCUUGUAUAAAAAUGUUAUAACGAAGUAAACGAUUAUACGCAUUAGUUUUAAAACUUCAUUCACCAACUCCUACGAAUCUCUGCAAUCAGAAUUUCUCAUUCAGAAAAUGGCUUUAGGUGGAGGAGCUCCCCAAAGAGGAAGUGCUGCAGCUACUGCAAGCAUGAGGAGAAGGAAAACAGCAGGUGGUGGCGCCUCUGGAGGAGCAGCCGGAACUAUGCUUCAAUUUUACACCGACGAUGCCCCUGGACUCAAAAUCUCACCUAAUGUUGUUCUUGUAAUGAGCAUUGGCUUCAUAGCUUUUGUUGCCGUCCUUCAUGUCGUGGGAAAGCUGUACUUGAGGGAGGCUUAAGGGAUGCAAGGCAAGAAGUUGGGUUCAUUUUUUGAACUUUUUAGUAUACAUUGACUCUGUUAAUGAACUUAGAUUUCUGUUGCUAGAUUCACCAAUCCCUUUGAUAUUGUUUUUGUUCUUUUGGCACAAUCUGUUAUUACUUUUAAGUUUAACAAGGGAUUUAUAUUAGCUUUGUUUAUCGAUUGCUCGUGGAAGUAAAAGUGGUAUAAGAUGAAACAUUUCUGUUACACCUUCUGCUCUUGUUGAAACA